GCAGUUGCUCGCGAUCGCGUAACGACUUUAGGUUUAAACGCGCGCGCCGCGUCGCCGUGGAUGGUGGUGCGCUCUCGUGUUGUUUGUGGUUCCCUCCGGCUCUCUGUUGGCUCUAAUCGCCGCGGGAAUGCUACCAGCAUCGCCUGCCCCUGCUGCCGCAUUCUUCUACCUGCCUUCGACCGACGGCGUAGAGCGCCUGACUGAAGAAUUCACUAAGUGCUGAUCUCCGCGCGAGCUCUCGCCUACUCGAGUCUCUUUCUUCCCGCGGACUCGCGGUCUUGCGAGAAUCCACCACGUGUUACCUUACACGGGAAGAGGGGUUCUUUAUUCUCCCGGAGAAGAAGAAGAGCAGACAGGCAGGAAAGAAGCGUCUUCUUACAAGAGGCGAAACGUGAGAGACGUGGUGCGGCGAAGGUGCUCGCCAAGGGUCGUUGCACUUCCUGUGACCGGCGUUUGUUGUCGUCGCGGUGCGCGCUCGACCUUUGCACCGUCGUUCCGGUUAUUUUGUCGGCGCGGACGAUGUCGCCCGGUCGCGAGGGCGAUUCCAGCGAACGUGGAGCGCCGCGAGGUGUGUGUUGCUCGUGUUGCCUCAGCGCGGCCAGUGCGAGGAAGUGAGAGAGAGAGAGGUGUGACGGCGGUUGUGAGGGCUGGAGCCGAAGAAGGGAGAAAAAGUGGCCGCGCGCUCGUGUUCGUUAAAGACGAGAAUGAUCUUCACCGGCCGGUCGGUAGACGCUCUGGACGAUGUGCGGGGUGCAGGUGGUGCGGCCGACAUCCAGGUGGAAGGACGUCGAGACAUGAAGGCCGUCGCCGUCGCGGCCGGAUGGUUUUCCAGCCUGCGAAGGCCCGGCAAGAAGAAGAAGAACCACCAGAAGCAGCAGGCCAAGAGCGCCUGGGACCUCAGCGAUUUGUCGUCCACGCAACUCAAAGAUGAGCUGGGCGAGGUCGUGGCAGAGAUGGAGGCGAUGGAGGGCGGCGGACUCACGGCCGACGAGACGAAGCCGUCCAACAAGGCCAAGCAGACGUCUAUCGGUCGCAAGAAGUUCAAUAUGGAUCCUAAGAAAGGCAUCGAGUACCUGAUAGAGCACAACCUGUUGGCACCGACGCCGGAGGAUGUUGCUCAGUUUCUCUACAAGGGCGAGGGCCUGAACAAAACCGCGAUCGGCGAUUACCUCGGCGAGCGACACGACUUCAACGAGCGUGUGCUCAGGGCGUUCGUCGAGUUGCACGACUUCACGGAUCUCAUAUUGGUGCAAGCCCUACGUCAGUUUCUCUGGUCGUUUCGGCUACCCGGCGAAGCGCAAAAGAUCGAUCGUAUGAUGGAGUGUUUCGCUCAAAGGUACUGCCAGCUAAAUCCAAAUAUCUUUACCAAUACGGACACCUGCUACGUGCUGAGCUUCGCCAUCAUUAUGCUGAAUACGUCGUUGCAUAAUCCGAGCGUCAAGGAUAAACCCAGCGUGGAGCAGUUUAUUUCGAUGAAUCGGGGGAUUAAUAACGGCGGAGACCUGCCGCGAGAACUGCUUGUGAGCCUAUAUGAAAGUAUAAAAACCGAGCCCUUCAAAAUACCCGAGGACGACGGAAACGACUUGAUGCACACUUUUUUCAAUCCCGACAAAGAAGGUUGGCUGUGGAAGCAAGCAGGCGGACGUUACAAGAGCUGGAAAAGACGGUGGUUCAUAUUGAACGACAAUUGUUUGUACUACUUUGAAUACACAACCGACAAGGAACCACGUGGCAUCAUUCCUCUAGAAAAUAUUCAGGUUCGAGAGAUUCAAGACCGACACAAACCGCACUGCUUCGAGUUGUACGCCGCCGGUUCCGAGUUCAUAAAGGCGUGUAAGACCGACAGCGAGGGAAAAGUCGUUGAGGGAAAACAUACCGUGUACAGGAUGUCUGCAGCUACCGACGAGGAGAAGGAAGAGUGGAUCAAAUGCGUACGACAAAGUAUAUCGCACAACCCCUUCUACGACAUGCUGGCGGCACGAAAGAAAAAGGCACAGAAAACCAAUGUACACUCGAAAAGUUAAGCGCUGCCAUGAGCCGGGUUUCGAGAGAAGCUCGGCAAAUUAGAAGACUGUUUAUUCGCGAUCCAACGUUACACUUAGUAUCGUCGGGUAGAACCAAAUCAUAUGAUGGACAUAAAUUCCGUCGAAGACGGGAGAGAGGGGAAAAAAGGGAGAGCACGCCGAAAGCGUUAUAGGAAAUUCUGGUGGAUGCCAGAUAUGAUGUCAUAGCAACGUGAUACGAAAUAUCGUUGCAGCAUGCGCUUGCAAUACGUAGAAUACGAUAUUAACGUAACAUCGUUCGUAGACUGAAUAUGGAAUACAGAAUUGACGUUCAUGAGUAUCCCACGAGUGCGCAACACUGAGAUAGUUAGAUGAAGAUAACACUAACGAGAGAACACAGGAAGCUACGAAAAUACACUGCGAAGCAACAACGUGACAACGCUGACGCUCGGCCAGCAUUAUAUUUAAACCAAGAGGAUUUUGCUUUUGAGAGGCCUAGAAAUAUAUUUCCACGGAUUUAAUAGGCAGACCGCGUCUAUACAAAGACUUCUUCCUUUCUUUUUUUUUAUUUUUUUUAUAUAUAUAUAUAUAUAUAGAAAACAUAAAAUGCGCGGCUUCGUAUAUAUAUGGAAGGUAAAAGUCUGUGCACAAUGUACCAGAAUAAGUGAUACCUCUACCGUCGAUAAAUUGAUAGCAGAAUAGUGUGAGUAGAUGUCUGUUUAUUUUAAUCUUUCAUACAUCGCUGAGGGGCGAAGAGGAGAGUCAAUAAUCUCGAGUGUUAACUUUGUAAUCGCGCAAGAUAGACACCAUUAAUGUUCUUAGCGUCAUAUUUAGCAAUAUAAUAUUGCGCGACUACGACUGACAUAAUGAGCUGUAGCAGAGAGAACGGAAGUUUCAUUUUUUUUUCCGGCAGCUUCGAGACAUCGUGUCGAAGCUCUACCUGACUCUGGGAAGCUGAUGAUAACGCUUGAGAUAUUUUCUACGAGAUACAAGUAUAUAUAAUAUCGUAUCAUGCAAAUGAGAAUAUAACGAUAUUCCGUAAUCUUCGAUUACAUGAAGAAAAAAAAAGAAUAAAGACAAGAAACCGAUAGAAAGAGAUCGCGAUAUAUUAAUGUGAUAAUGAUAUUCAUUGUGUAUUUAUUUGAACAAGUAUGUACAGAUGUAAAACUAAAUGAUAUGUUUUUAGCAUGAGGCGGAAUUCUCUUCAACUGUUCAUGUUUGUAUCAUUUACGAAUGUAGCAUGAAUUAGCUAACUAAA